AUGACAGAGAUCCUGAUAUUUGUUACGUUCUUUCUUAUCUGCCGUCUUCUAAUAAGUCGUUACGGUUGUAAGCGCUCCGAGCGCAGGCGAAAUUUCCCGCCGCGUCCCACCGGGCUUCCCCUCUUGGGCAACCUGGCCGUGUUCCUCGGCGACGGGCGGCCGCUGUGUGUCGCGCUCCGAGAGCUGGGCGCCACACACGGGGACGUGUUCGGCCUGCAGGCGUGCAGCAAGGAAUUCGUAGUCCUGAGUAGCUCGCGGGCGAUCCGUGACGCUUUCGUCAGGCGGUCGGUGGACUUCGCCGGCCGGCCCUACAUGUUCUCUCUCAGCCUACUGACCAGGAAAAACUGCGGAAUUGCCUUCUCGGAUUAUGGGCCGGCUUGGAGAGGACAUCGUAAGGAUGCUGCGUCCGCCUUACGCAUGAUCCUACAGCAAAGCGGAGGAGUGCGCGGCCGCUCCAUCGCUGAAAAAACCAUCUUGCAAGAAGUGUCUGGCGCGGUGUCCGAUAUGGCAGCCUCCGAUGGACGUCCAAUAGAUCCGAGCGAAACGUUGACCGUGGCUCUCAUCAACACCGUCUGCAGCUUGACCUUUGGCUGUCGCUACGGUCCAGACGAUGCCGAGAUGAAAGCUUUCGUCUCGGCUAAUCAUAAACUGAAGGAACUGUUCAAGCCAGGUCAUCCGUUGGAUCUGUUCCCGUUUUUGAAGAUAUUCCCAUCAAAACGCAUGCGCACAAUUCAGGAGCUCAUCAAGACACGUGACUCCAUUCUCCAAGCGCAGUACGAGGACCACGUGGCCACCUUCCGACCCGAUAACAUCCGGGACAUCACCGAUGCCUUUCUGAAGUCCGUACAAGACAGUGCCAAUCGGAAUAAUGGCGCAAGCGAUGACGUCACCAUGACGGAGGACCAAGUGGUGAUGUCAAUGUGGGAGAUAUUUGCGGGCGGUUUUGAGUCAACUUUCCAAACCCUGAGAUGGGCGUUGGCCUAUUUGAUCCAUUAUCCAGAGGUACAGAAACGACUGCAAGCCGAGAUAGACAACAACGUCCCCGCUGGCUUGCCGACUUGGGGUGACCGCUCAAGGCUUCCGUAUCUCGAAGCCACGGUGCUUGAGACAUUACGUCACAGCUCAUUCUCGUCUCUGAAUGGUCCACACGUGACCACAUGCGACACAAAGCUGGGAGACUAUGACAUCCCACAAGGCACAACAGUUCUGUGUAAUCUGUGGUGGGUGCAUCACGAUCCAGAAAACUGGAAAGAUCCAAACAACUUCCGACCAGAGCAUUUCUUGGACGAAGGAGGCAGAGUGUUCAUACCGGAGCACUUCUUGCCGUUCUCCAUCGGGCCUCGUUUCUGCUUGGGCAAGCAGCUGGCGACCAUGGGGCUGUUCUUGUACCUGGGUGGCAUUUUGAAGCACUUUUCCCUUCAAUGCCCUCCGGGGGAGAAACCGCCCUCCCUGAAAGCAGAGAGUUCGGACCCUAUCAGGACGAUCGGAGGUUUCCGGAUUGCCUUGAAGAAGCGCCAGUCACAUGAUACUGUCUGCCUUCCAGCAUAAAACGAGGGAUAUUCAGUAACACCUAGCCCCCUCCCCUCAAAAAAAGUCUGUGAACUUUUGGAACGGGAAUAUGAAACGAGACUUGCCACAUAUAAACUGUGCCACAGAUGUGGCAAAUGCUGAUUUCAGAGAUACUUUAUGAGCAAGUAUCCAUUUUCUUCAAUUUUGUUUAAACUCAACCAAACGAAAGUUGAGAUUUAGACGAAAAGACAAAAGCGGCCAUGGUAUAACGGUAAACAGGCAGAACCAAUAAAAAGAGAAGACGAAAAAAUUCUCCAUAUUUAACAAAGUCUUUUACAAGGCAGUCGGUCUCGCGUUUGAUUCAGGAAUUUACUGAGAAGUAAGCCUACAUUUUUAAUAAUUUCUUGACGUCUUGUGUACAUUAUAUUACUUUCGCACUGCAACAUUUGAUUUUCGUAUAUUCUAUUAAACAAUAAUUUCAGGAUAUAGCAUUUGUUUACUGAAAGAUUUCUAAAAAAAUUUAGACAGAGGACAGACAAGAAGCCCAUUCGUGUUAUUUCUUAAUGAAGUCCAUUUAGAAGCUAUUUGAUUUCGAUAACAAUGUAAUCGUAUAUUCAUGUACUUUAUAGUUUAUGAGUUACUUUGUCCUCAAGAAUACAUAUUUAUCUGGAGGGAUUGUUCGUUGGUUUGAGCACUUGGGGUAAUGCAAGGUUUCGUUGGCAUAAAAGGGCGAUUCACAAUAGUACGCCUCCAAGAGUUUGCAACGCGUCGGCCAAUCGCAGGGCGCGAAAUCUGUCGACGCAA